UAUCGCGGCAAAUCUCUUGAAAUGGGGUCUCUUUCGCUCUUCUCCGUCAAUGCUGUCCUUGUGAUGUCGGCCGAUGACGGCUCUCGCAUCUUCGCGAAAUACUACUCACCACCUCACCCCCCAGCCGGCGCUGCCCCCAAUUCCACCGACUACCCAGGAGCCAAUCCCUAUCCGACGCUCAAGGAACAGAAGGCUUUCGAGAAAGGACUGUUAGAGAAAACCAAUAAACAGACCAGCGACGUGAUCCUGUACGACAAUCGAAUUGUCGUUUUCAAGCUGGAGAGCGAUGUGAUGCUCUAUGUGGUUGGCGGUGCGGAGGAGAACGAAGUUCUACUCUAUAAUGUUGUUCUCUCGUUACGUGAUGCUUUGGGGAUACUUUUCAAGGGCGCCACGGACAAGCGCACAAUUGUCGAGAAUUACGACCUGGUCGCCCUGGCCAUUGAUGAAUUGAUCGACGACGGCAUCAUUCUUGAGACGGACCCCGUUUUGAUUGCUUCCCGUGUCAGCCGUGCUCCUCAACCAGACGCACCGAACCUAAAGAGUAUCGAUCUUUCCGAACAAGGCCUGCUCAAUGCCUGGGAGCUUGGAAAGCGACGUCUGGCGGAGGGAUUGCGACAGAUGUAGACUGGAGGAAAAGCAGACUUAUUAUGUUGCUUUUGUACUUGCAUGAAUAUUGCAUGGACGCUUGUUUCUCGUUCUUACUUUAUGCGAUUUGGUCGGGUUCGGCGCGGUUAUAUGCGUUGCUCAUUGUUGAUUCAUGACUUAUUCUAUUCACUCGAUUCCCUUUCUUUGACGGUGUUUUCAAGAGCUGAGAGCUCUAUAGAAUUACGGCGGGCUGUUUUUCUGUGUCGAGGAUUAGCUGGUGACUCGAAGUAGACAAUGGUGACUGGACAGUGAGCAGUGGG